UGACACCCCUGGUCUAACCCCUUAACCCAAAAGCACAACCAAUUGAUGUAUUCUUGUUAUUCUUGACCAUAAAUAAUUUAAUUGUAGAAUCAAACAAUGUGUGGCAUUCUGGUCUGAGUGGUAAUGUGAAGAACUACUGCUUCACUUAAUGGUUAAAUAUAGAACAAACAUCCAGGAACUGAUUAGUCAUCAGCUACUAAAAGCAAAAUCAAAGUGGAAGUAAUAGAUUAGAUCGUGUUCUGUUCUUUAAAUCAUUUCAUUCCCGAUGUUCGUAAAUUUGAUAUUCAUACAUUUCUUAAUGUUAUCUCUCUGCACAAGAUUUACAUGAAUUGUGUGAAGGCAGAUAAUUGGACCACCCAGUCAUUAAGCAGCGAAGCUACUGUACCUUUAAGACAUUAAGGAGGAAAUGAACUACAUCUCUUGCAGCAAAAUAAGCAUGAUUUACAGGACCUCCACAACAACUGCGAUUGCGAGGUCCUACUCGUAUUAUACAGCACAGCAAAUUAGACAAUUUAGAUCUUUUAAAUGCAUGCCGUAUGCAAAAUCAUGACAGAAAACUCAUUUUCUUCCCAGUGCAUGCAGUCUGCAAAAAAGUGACACAUUGCAAAUGUGUCACUUUCUGUGGAUGCAGGGGUCCACAACGCGAUGGGUGGAUCAGCGGCGAAUCGAUGGGCAGGAUUAUAUGUGAAAUAUGGGUGUUUUUGGUGGAUCGAUACUGAGCGAAAGAUGAGACAACUGUGCUCUAAGCUUUUCCUCUCCCGAGUCAAUGGAAAAUAACACAUCAGAGCAAAAAGGCUUGACUCGCUAUCGAGUCUUAGCGGGAGGACGUGACGUCGCAGCCUCUGCCAUCACCUAUGAACCCGCCACACUUAUUUCACAAGCCCUCUGUGAUGAGAACAGUUUCAGGUAGAAUCUGAAUGUACACGAUCCUUUGUUUUUUCCCCUCUCCCACAAAUGGACCGGUUCUGAGUCACAAGCUUUGGUCAGUUACUCGUCACUCAGGUGAGCCCGUCACUCUUCAGAGAUGAGUGAUCCUCCAUCACUGCAUCGACCUAAUGAAUCACUCCGGUAUACCCAUCAUAUUCCACCCUUCCUGUGAUCCGCGCACUGCUGUUAUCCGGGUGUCCAGCCUUACAAGACGUGGCCAAGUGACCAGCUUUGGUCCAGACUGUGUUGGUCGGAUGUUGCUGGCCCUUUAACAGCUGAGGCAGCUCCUGUCCCGCUGCCUGGGUUUUUUUGGCCAUUCACGGCUGAGGUGCGUAUCGCAUAACACUAUUCCUCCUUUAAAAUGAGGGCCAACCGCUCAAGUACAGCUCAGACGGGCGGAACAGGCUCCCCGGACCUCGUCGCUCAUCAGAGUCCGCCUACAGGGAUCUGCACCUCCAAGCGCCAAACAGAAAACCACUCGCAGCCUCGGCCGGCGGGACACGGGACCGGCCACGCAGGAUGGGGACGAAAAUCAAGUGGCGAAAGCCGAAGAAGAUUCGCAACGAUGUCAUCGCUACGGCCAAGGCCAGGGGCUACGAGCUCCAGUUCUGGCACGCCCUCAUGGUGGGAGAUGAGAUCACCGUCGUGGGCAUCGCCGACGACCCCGAAUCCAGCCAUGUGAUCAACGCCAUUUAUGACACCAGCAACAUCGACGAGUGGAAGACCCACAGGCUGAACUACAGGAGUCUGAGACUAUGGUCGCUGACCUACGAGCAGGAGCUCACCACCCCGCUGCACAUUGCGGCCAGCCGCGGUUACGCUGACUGCCUCCGGCACCUGCUGCAGCGAGACGCCAACGUGGAACUGGCUCCUGGGGGCACCACAGCACUGCACGAGGCUUGCGAGGGCGGCCACAGCGAGUGCGCCCGGUUGCUGCUCUCCUACGGCGCCAACGCCAACGCUACCAAUGAGGAUGGCCUUGCGCCGCUGCAUUUGUGCAUCUUCCCCGAGUCCCUGGAAUGUGCGAAACACCUGCUGCAAUUUGGCGCGGCGGUCAACGGGCGGAGCCUGGAGGAGGACGACACGCCGCUGCACGUGGCCGCGCGGCACGGCCUCCCGGACCACGCCGACCUGUACCUGCGGCACGGCGCCGCCUUGGACCGGCAGAACGACGAGGGCCAGACGCCGCUGAUCGCGGCCUGCGCCCAGCCGCAGGCGGCCGGGGACCUGCGGCGAUAUCACCAGGUGUGCCAGCUGCUGGUGAGCGCCGGGGCCAACGUGCGCGCGGAGGACCGCGACAGCCAGACGGCGCUGCACAUGGCCAGCAAGAACGUCAACGCCGACGUGGCCGAGCUGCUGCUGCAGCAGGGCGCCAAGGUCAACGACAUGUGCUACAGCGGCGACACGCCCAUGCACAACGUGCUGAAGGCCGUGGCCUACAAGGCCACCACCCACCACCCCGAGCGCAUCGUCCGCGCCCUGCUCAACCACGGCUCCACCCGUGUCUGGCCCGGGGCGCUGCCAAAGUUGUUAAAACACUGCUGUAAUUCACCUCGCACCAUUGAGGUCAUCCUGAAUGCUUACGACCGCCUCAAAAUCACGGACACCUGGAGGGAGGCUGUCCCCUACGAGGUCUUCCAGGAGCACAGGGGGUUCUACGAGUCUCUGUUCAUCCUGACCCAGAUGCCGCGCUCACUCCAGCACCUGGCUCGCUGCAAGAUCCGGGGUCUCCUGGAGGGACGGGUACCCCAUGUCGUGCCCAAGCUGGGUCUGCCCACCUUCUUGCAGAAAUACCUGCUCCUGGAGUUCCGGGACUACAUCCACUGAUGAGGUAGAAGAAACGGAUGAGCUUUCUGUCUCUGAGGAACCCCUGGAACACUGAUUAAGUCCUCAAGGCUGACAAACCUUCAGAACCAAGCGAGCACCACACUUUGCAGAAUGGCAUAGAAUAUAAUUUUAGAUAUGUACCACUAACUUAAAGUAUAUACUUGCAUUAAUUGUAUUUGUAUUCUUGUGCUGAAGACUUAACGGUUUUUAAAUAAUUGUUUAUAUUAUUCCUUUAGACUAAAAAUUAACCCAAAAAUGUUAUUCUGUAUCGCUAUUUUAUCAGAAAAAAAAGUGUUAUUUAUUUUUGUUAGGUUGAUAUACGAUGUUUUUUUUCACGUGAGGUAUUUGCAAGGUUCUAUUACCAGUACAGCAACAGAUCUUCGCGUAUUGACUGACAACUAAUCGUCCACAAGAGGGCGCCCUAACCUUGAAAGUGCGACAAACAUUCAAAUAGGAGCUGUGUAUUGGUACUGGUUUAGAAGAAACUUUCCGCAUAAAUUUCAGGAAAAUUUAAACAACUUAAAAUUAAAUAACAAUUAAGCAUCAGACAAGCACAAGAAUGUAUGACGGCCGCAGACUUCAUCACGGAUAUUUUUUCGAAAUGGUAGGAUAUGGUAAAAUGAUACAAUUUGACACGUGAGUAUCAAACAAUUUUUAAUUCGACACUUUACGCAAAGAAGAUCUAUGAUGUUAAAGAUAUUUUUUACGAAGGAUGACCAUAUAAUAUAACGAAUUCGUUUACUCUACCAAAAACGGUUAUCUCGUAUUGGUCAAUACAGUGCAAUGAAAGCACCUAGAUUUUAAAUAUAACUUUCCCUGUGAUAUAUCCCUGCUUAAAAGCAUGAAAAUUGCUGGCUUACAUUUUGUAUUUUCAUACAUCAGUAACUAUUGCUUAGUGAAGGCAAACAUUUUCUGAACUUUUAAUGAACAUUCUGCAUAUACGUAUUUUAGAAGAGGAGUUUAAUUGUAAUUGUAUAGCUUGUUACACAAUCACCACGGUGUAAAUGCUGUUUUUUCUCGUAGGAGAAUGUUGCAAAUUAUUAAAUUCUCAUAAAAUA